AUGAUUNAUGGCAACUACUACAAACUACGAGCACUACUCGACCAAGGAUCGCAAACCUCAAUUAUCACCGAGAAAGCAGCUCAAAUUUUAUCAUUACCACGACGUCAAUGUACUGGAGUCAUAACUGGAAUCGGAGCCAAGGAAAAUAACUGCAAGGGAAUAAUAAACAUAACUAUCAAGUCAAAUAACUGCGAAUAUACAUUACAAACCGACGUGCUUAUUAUGAAAACGCUAAUUAACAACCUGCCAAGUAACACAUUAUCGAAACCAUCAUGGGAGUUCCUGGAAAACAUACAACUAGCAGACCCUGAGUUCUACAAAAGUCGCCCCGUCGACCUACUUUUGGGGGCGGAGGUGUACUCUAACAUCAUUUUGGAUGGCAUCUGUCGAGAAAACAAUCAAACACCAAUAGCGCAACAAACGCGAUUUGGUUGGAUAUUAAGCGGAAGCGCCAAUACAACUACAUUACAAUGCAACGUCUUAUUAAACAACAUUGAAGAUAUACAACGAUUUUGGCAAAUUGAAGACAUUACACAACAAGAGUCAUCAUUAUCAUCUGAAGAUCAAGCAUGCAUAGAAUUUUACAAAGCAACAACCGUUCGACGAGAGGAUGGGAGAUAUCAAGUAAAACUUCCUCUAAAACCCAACUUCAUACAAGAAUUGGGAACGUCAAAACACAAGGCCAUUGCGCAAUUCAAUCAACUGGAACAAAAAUUUACGAAGCAAAAUGACACCGCAAUUAAUUACAAAACGUUUAUCGACGAAUACCUAACAUCAGGUCACAUGCAACUUGCACGUGGAAACACGACACCGGAAUACUUUUUACCUCACCACUGUGUCUUACGCAACGAGUCGACAACAACUGCACUUAGAGUUGUGUUUAACGCAUCUGCAAAAACUUCUACUGGGAUGAGCCUCAAUGACCUCAUGUACAGAGGCCCUAAUCUACAACAAGAUCUACAGUUUUUAAUCUUAAAAUGGCGACAAUACAAGUAUGCAUACACAGCUGAUAUCGAAAAAAUGUUUCGACAGAUAUGGUUAAAUGAAGAACAUCAACAAUAUCACAAGAUUGUAUGGCGAGACAAUCAAACGAAACCAAUACAAGAAUACGAGUUAACCACCGUCACCUACGGCACCAAGGCCGCGCCAUUUUUGGCGAUGAUGACGCUUAAGCAACUCGCAGACGAUGAAGAGCAUAAUUAUCAAGAAAAUCAAGCAGCUACUGUCUUACGAGAUUGUUUCUAUAUGGAUGACCUCAUUCAUGGAAGUCAUUCAUUAUCAUCAGCCAAACAGUUAAAACAUGACCUCAUAAACCUAUUGAAGUCAGGAGGCUUCAAUCUAAGGAAGUGGUCAUCUAAUACACCAGAGCUAGUCGAGGACAGCAACAAGAGAGACAAUUUUGAUUUUCGUGGACUUGAAUCAACGAAAGCAUUGGGACUUCGGUGGAACCCACAAGAAGACAGUUUUACCUUUGAAUCAAAAAUACCAACAAGUCAAACAAAAACCACGAAAAGAACAUUAUUAUCUGCUAUAUCAACCAUCUUCGAUCCUCUCGGUUGGCUCUCACCUCUCACUGUCAAGCUAAAACUCCUAUUUCAAUCUACAUGGCUGUCAAACAUCGACUGGAAUGAUAACCUUCCGGAUGACAUUAAUUUGGAAUGGUUAAAAAUCAGAGACGAGAUACAAAAUAUUAAUCAAAUCAAGGUUCAAAGAUGGCUCGAAACGCAAGAAAACGAUGUCAUUGAACUGCAUGGAUUUUGCGACGCAUCAAUAAAAGCAUACGCUUGCGUCAUUUACUGCAAAAUAACACGAAGAGGCCAAAGUACAGUGGUUCUGGUCGCCGCGAAAACGCGACUAGUUCCGGUCAGCAAAACGGUCACAUUACCUCGGCUGGAGUUAUGUGGCGCAGUUUUAUUAUCGCAAUUAAUUGACAAAGUUAGAAAAAGUUUACCCAAUUAUCAAAUCAAGACCCUGGGCUGGACUGAUUCAACAGCAGUUUUGGGGUGGCUGCAAGGUGAUCCAGACAAGUGGAAGACCUUCGUAGCGAACAGAGUCAAGCAAGUGACUGAAAUAUUGCCUGGAAGCGACUGGCGAUACGUCAAAUCUCAAGAUAAUCCCGCUGAUUGUGCUAGCAGGGGUCUGACAGUCACUCAAUUAGAAAAGCAUUCUCUUUGGUGGCAAGGUCCAAGCUGGCUACAUUCAUACGAAGAUCAACCCGAACAAGCGUCGUUCGAAACAAGUGAAGAUCUGAAACAGAAAAAACAAGUUAAUACAUCUACAUACCAAGAAAUGAGCACCAUCAAGGAAUUAAUGCAAAAAUAUAGCACGUUCAAGAAACUGAUUCACAUCUUAGCGUGGCUAUACAGAUUUAAAUUGACUACACUAAACAAGAAAAACUUACCAUCAUACCUUACCUUAGAGGAAAUCCGUUUCUCCAAGUUGAAAAUAAUUCAACACGUACAGCAAGAAUACUUCUCUCAAGAGAUAAAUGACCUGAAAACUAACGGGAUCAUCAACUCAAAAAGCAGCAUACUUAACCUCAACCCUCAUCUUGACGAACAAGGCAUCCUCCGUGUUGGCGGAAGACUAAGACAUGCACAGAUAAGCUCGGAAAUGAAGCAUCCUAUCAUCAUUCCACAUGCAAGUCAUCUUACCGACCUCUUAAUCGAUGAAGCUCACGCUCUCACUUACCACGGUGGGGCACGUUUAACGACCUCAUUCCUUCGUCAACGAUACUGGAUUGUGGGUGGCAUCAGGGCCAUCAAGAAGCGCCUACGUGGGUGCGUCAAGUGCAGGCGAUACGACACAAACAAGAAACAUCAGAUCAUGGGUGACUUACCACACGCUAGAAGCAACCCAUCCCGCCCAUUUUAUCACACCGGCGUGGACUUUACGGGUCACAUCAUGAUAAAGAGCAAGCCUACUGUGCAGAAGAUGCAUGGAGGCAGAAGAAAAACCGCAGCACGUGCACAAGGAGUACACAAGCGUAGCAGAUCAACAGGCUCAAAUUCUCCAAUCACCAGGGUCGCUGCAGAAGGCCUGUAG